GGAAGAGGAAGACAGGAAGAAGAGAGGCCACCGUCCUGCUCAGCAUUUAGCUGCUCGGUGGAGUUCGAGUUUUUUCUUCAAGGCUAUGAUUGACAGAGUCAGCAGAGGUUUACACGGGCAUGUCCGCACACUCGCUCGGUUGUUAUCGUAACAGAAAGAUCUGCAGUAUGGCGAGUCAAGAAAGAGCCCACAGUUCUCGCCACUCACAAACAAGAACAAGAACAUCAUUUGUCGGAUUGUUGCGGAUGUUAUUUAUUGCUUUUAUUCACACGGCGCGGGCAAAUAAACAAGCAUUCAUUCAGUCAGAUACAAUCCUAGAAGUUCUACAUUUUGGUGAGGGGAGCCUAUUACAGGCAGACUCCGACAUUGAUUUUAGUUUAUAUCAUCAGCAAAGCACAUCCCCGCACCGUGGGAACUGCCGACCUAUACGAUUUGAACCUCCAAUGUUGGACUUCCACGAACAGCCUGUUGGAAUGCCAAAAAUGGAGAAAGUUUAUUUACAUAAUCCUAGCUCAGAAGAAAUUAGUUUGAUAUCAAUAUCAGCAACAACAGCACAUUUUCAUGCAUCAUUUUUCCAGAAUAGGAUAAUUCCACCUGGAGGGAACACGUCAUUUGAUGUUGUGUUUCUGGCUCGGGUAGUUGGGAAUGUAGAAAACACUUUAUUUAUUAAUACAUCACAUCAUGGAGUCUUUACAUACCAGGUGUUUGGGGUUGGAAUCCCGAACCCAUACAGGCUGCGGCCAUUUAUAGGGGCCAGGGUCCCAGUAAACAGCAGCUUCUCACCUCUAAUAAACAUCCACAACCCAUACAGUGAACCACUGCAGGUUGUAGAGAUGUAUUCCAGUGGUGGGGAUCUUCAUUUAGAGCUUCCCACUGGUCAACAAGGAGGCACUAUAAAAUUAUGGGAGAUUCCUCCAUUUGAAACAAAGGGCGUCAUGAGAGCCAGUUUUUCGUCAAGAGACGUAGACAACCACACCGCUUUCAUCAGAAUCAAAACCAACGCCCCCAAUGAGGACCAGUUCAUCAUCCUCCCUGUAGAGGUGGAGGUCACCUCAGCACCUGGUAUAUAUUCCUCCACAGAAAUGCUUGACUUUGGUACGCUGCGGUCACAAGAUCGUCCAAAACUGCUGAAUCUACACCUUUUAAAUUCAGGAGCAAAAGAUGUUCCAAUAACAAGUGUACGUACAACACCAUCAAAUGAAGCAGUGACAGUAGAUUUCAAAGCAGUUACACUGAAAGCAGGAGAGAGCAGAUAUACCAAAGUUGCAAGUAUAAGUUUUGAUGCUUCAAAAGCGAGAAGACCAUAUCAGUUUUCCGGAAAAAUAACUGUGAAAGCAAAAGAAAAGAGUUACUCUAAGCUUGAAAUCCCAUACCAAGCAGAAGUUUUAGAAGGCUACCUGGGCUUUGACCACACAGCUACCUUGUUCCAUAUCAGGGACAGCCCAGUCGACCCAGUGGACAGACCCAUAUUUCUCACAAAUGUCUUCAACUUUGCAAUCCGGAUACACAAUGUGUCCUUGCCUGAAGAGGCCAAAACCAUGUUUAAUGUGCAAAACUUCAGCGCACCCAUUGUUAUUCCAGCUCACGAGUCGCGUUACAUCUUUUCCCUCCUUUUUCGGCCCGUGCGACCCUCCAUCCACAUCGACAGCAACCUCCUGCUCAUCACAAACGCAUCUAAAUUCCACCUGCCUGUCCGGGCUUACACAGGCUUCCUGGAGCCGCUAGUUCUGCCUCCCAGUCUGAAGGAAAACCUCUUGGACUUUGGUGUCCGCAGUGCAACAGACACCAGCAGCAUCACAUUUGUCGUGGUCAACAGUAAUCCCAUAGAGUUGGAGAUCAAGUCCUGGCUUGUCACUGGAGACAGUCUUUCUAUGGAGUUGCUGAAAACAGAGAAAGGAAACACAACAGUAGCUCUGAGUCGCCUGAGAGAGCUGCAGAACACCUCCGCCUCCCCUCACAGAACAGUGAUAUUAGCAUCUGGCUACUAUGCUGCAUUUAGAGUGACACUGGUGGCCAAAGCACUGGAGGGAACGUAUGACGGAGCCAUACAUAUAACCACAGAUUACGAGAUAUUGACCAUUCCGGUGAAAGCUCUCAUUGCUGUGGGCACAUUAAACAGCUCUCCUAAACACAUUGUUUUGCCACCAUCAUUUCCUGGGAAAGUUGUUCACCAAAGCUUCAGCAUACAGAGCUCUUUUACACAGAAAGUGAGGCUCCAACAGAUCCGCUCACUGACAGAAGAUAUUCGCUUCUAUUAUAAACGGCUCCGCAACAACAAAGACGAGCUGGAGCCCAGACGCAAAUCAAAGGUGGCAAAUAUUUAUUUUGAUGCCAGCUUGCAGUGUGGUGAUCACUGUUAUGUGGGGCUGCCAUUUGUGCUUAAAUCUGAGUCCAAGCCACAUGGACUGGCUCUGCAGGAGGAUAUAUGGGACGCUGAUGUGGAUCUUCAUCAGAAGCUUCUCAGACGGUGGAAGGAACUAAAAGAGCGCUCAGGCCACAAGAUUGAAGCCAUGUUUGAAGUCAACACAGACCUACAGAAAAAUGUGCAAGCUAAAAUAACAGCGCAGUUGACCUGGCCCUCACUGGUCAACUCUUCACAACGAAUUCUGUUCCCUCUGACCAACACAAACAGCUCCUCUGAUGAAGAGGUGAUUCUACAGAACCCAGCUGAUGUCCCAGUCUUUGUCCAAGUUCUCCCCUUGGCCCUGUUACCCAAUCCCUCAGUAUUUUCUGGAAAACUGGCUGACAGGUUACCAUUAGGAAAUUUAUCCAAUAUCAACAUUGACACAAAUACAUUAGAGUUCCAGGUUCAUAGAAAUCAAACAUCUGUAAUGAAGAGCAGUACAGGGUUUGUAGAAGGAUCAACCAGACCCUUUGUGUUCAACCUCUUCCUGCUGCCCGGUGAAGUCAAAUCAUUCAGCGUCAGGUUCACACCCAUCAGCAAUCACAGUGUCUCCUCCCUUCUCAUCAUCAGGAAUAACCUGACUGUGAUUGAUACAAUCGUACUUCAUGGGCGAGGUACAACUGAGAGCCUGAAAGUUGCGGGGAAGGCUCCGGGCCAAGGCAGCUCACUAAGGUUUAAGAUGACUGAGGCCCUGCUUAAAGACUGCACAGAGAAGACAAAAGUCAAGGAGCCAAACUUCACUCUCAAAAGAACUUUCAGAGUGGAGAACACGGGCCUGCUCCCAAUCACAAUCCGAUCAGCAGAAAUCAACGGUCAAGCCUGUGAAGGAUAUGGAUUCAAAGUUCUCAACUGUCAAGAAUUUGCACUCAAGCCAAAUGCUUCAAAAGACCUCAUCAUACUGUUUACACCCGACUUCACUUCAUCCCGAGUGAUCAGGGAGCUGAAAUUGGUCACAUGCGGGGGCUCUGAGUUCGUAUUUGUCCUGAACGCCUCUCUGCCCUAUCACAUGUUAGCCGCAUGUGCAGAGACCCUGCCCAGACCGAGCUGGGAGCUGGAGCUCUACAUCAUAGUGUCUCUCAUUAUGAGUUCCAUGUUUCUGUUGGUGAUUGCCACAGCCUAUGUGGAGGCUAAAAGCAUAUGGGAGCCUUUUAAAAGACGAGUGUCUGUGGAAUCCAACUCCUCCUUGGAGACCGGGAGACCAUUUAAUCUCAGGGAUAUUGUGCAAAUUCACAGUGAUUCAAAGUUAAAUGAUUACAGUGACUCAGCCCAGAGCUCCAGAGGAUUAUAUGCAUCCAGCAACGGAGCAGCGAGAGUCGGAGGCCGACAGGGCAGCAGCCGAACCUUCUCAGACUCAGACAGCCAAGAUAAGAGAUCCCGCAUCGGCUUUAGCCGCCCAUCUAUGCAGCUCAUCAAAGGAAGUACAACCUCAGGCCAAGACGGCCCUGUGUCUGCAUGUCAGCUAACCAAUCGCAAAGCUCGCAGUAAGCAACUAGACCUCCAGAGCCAAAGUUUAUCCGGGUCAUCGUUGCCUCACAGAGGUCUCUGCCCUGACGAUGCAGAAUAUGCCAACCUGAUAGGGGCCAUGGACAACGACCUGGACCGUCCAGAACCUCUUAGUACAGAAGUUCUACCGGAGCAGGGCACUCAGUCUGCACAAAACAAAGUUUUGGAAUCCAAAGGGAAGCUACGAAGUAAAACAAAAGCCCAGAGGAAGAAGGAAGAGAAAGAGAAAAAAACAACAGUGAAGACUCAGGGAGAUGAGCUUAAAGACAACCUGGCUGACAAUGACGACAGCUCCUCCACCACUACAGAGACCUCCAAUCCAGAUGUGGAGACAAACAUCAAAGAGGAACCAGUGAAAAAGAAAGGAAGAACAGUAACUACUGAAAAAGUCAAAGAAGAAACUUCAAAUUUCUUAAUUAAACCCAAAACCAAGAAGCAAGGAACCACGAAGAAAGAAAACCAAGCGGAGAAAUCUAGUUCUCUUGAGUUACCAUACGUCACACCUCUGGAGAACAAACAACGCAAGAGUUUCACAUCCAAAGUUCUGCACCCGCUCAGCGGCAUCCCAAAGACCAGACCCCUGCAGAAACAGAGAUUAGAUGGAAAACUGGAAGAAGGGCGCCCCUCUCUCUUGGCCAAGCUGUUAUCCAGCAGCUCAGUGUCAGAGCUGGGCCACAGCAGCAGCUCAGAGGGCGAGAAGGAGUUUGCCUCUCCAGAAUGGGACGUCCCUGUUUGCAAAAACAGCGUCCAGGCAGACAGUCUUCAGCAGAUCUCCCUCCAGACUAUCAAUGCAGAUCCUUUCCUUAAAAGAGCUGUGUCAACUGGGACCUGCUCCCCUCCACCAACCUCCCCCACCCUACUGCCCAGAGUCACCUACAGCAGUGUGCUCAACAGCAACAGUGAGGGAAACCUGAAAAAGGCACCUGGAAAUAAACUGUCUGCAGCCACUCCACUCCCAGGCAAGAACGGGAACCCCACCUUUGCUGCAGUAGCUGCAGGUUACGACAAGAGCCCAGGUGGCUCCGGCCCAGGAAAAAGUGACAACCAGGGAAAGAGUCUUGCGCACAUGACGUCAGUGGAAAGUGAUAGCUCUGACAGCUCUGGACUGUGGAGUCCCAUCGACCCAGCCAGCAGUCCAAACUUCCCUUCCAACUCGUUCUCUGCCUUUGGGCCCAACAACUCCUUCAACCUGACAGGAGUUUUCAGUGGCAUGAAUCUUCCAAAGACAUCUGAGCCUCAGCAGAGUUGGCCUGAGUUCCCCACGGUAUCCUCUUCCAUCUGGGACAUACCGAGCAGUGACCCUCUGCACUCCUGGCCCAGCAGCUCCAGCUCACCGACUGCCCCAACCUCAUCACUCCUGGGAAAUACCCGCAAUCCCUGGUCGGCAACGACACCAUUUAGCAGCUCUAUUUGGUCGACAAGUGCUGAUUCGGCCUUGCACCCGUUCAGCCCGUCGACCAACCCGCCUCUGACUGAUCUGGUCAACAGUCCCACUCCGUCACCACCAGCUUCCAGCGAGAUGAGUCGAACCUACAACCCAUGGAGCAUGUGGCGGCCCACGCUGAGCAAACGCAGCUCUGAGCCGUGGCCGAGCUCCACCGACAACGGCAAUUAAAACGACGCAUGACGCCGCUUCACUGAAGUGCGUCAUGGAUUUGAUGGAAUGUCAAAUUCUUUUAUAAUUGGUGAAUCCCAACAUAAAGCAACGUUACCUCAAGUGUAACUUGUUUGGUAGCCCAGUGCUGCAGGUUACCAACCUUUAAUUUAGUUCUGCAGCUUUUUUAUUUAUGGGGGCAGACAUGCUAACUUUUUAUUUGGAUUUGUUUUAACAGGUCCCCCUAAAAGACCAAUAUUUGCAGCAUGGUAUGCUAAUGCCAAUGCAGACAUUUCACUCUGAUGGAACGCUAAUAAACGCAUUCCACCCGAUGGUCUGACACAUGGCACAGAAAAUCUGAAGUUCAGUAUUAAUGAUGGAACAGACAUCUUAUUUUAAGCCGUGUCUUAAAUUUCCAUUCUUGGCCCUUUUGGAUUUUUAUUAGUUUGUGAUUAAAACAAAAAAUGGCCAAGUCAAAUUAGCAUUAUUUGAAAAUUACUGCGCUAGGCUUUUAUUUGGCAUCUAACGAGUGAUUUUUCAGAACGAUGGCUCAAAAUGCUUCAUGAACGUUAAUGUUCCCCAUUCUGAACUGGGUUCACCCUCAAAUUUCAAAGGCCUCUGUGGGAAUAAUUUGGUCAAAUGAUCAAAGAUUGCUUAAGUUUGAGGUUUGUAUUGUACAUCACCUCUUUGUCAGCAAAUUUAAAUAAAGGAUUUCAGCAAGCUCUA